CUCAUUGUUUUCAAGGGUGUCUAAUCGCCCUUAAAAACAAUUAUUCAUCAUUUUAAUACAACUAGCCGGCAUAUUGAACCCACUGUGAUCCUUUUCAUACCCUUUUCAUUAUCAAUGGAUUCAAAAGGAAAUCGGAAAAAGUCGGUGUCCCUGGCGGAGAGCAGCGAUCAGCGGAGAUCUAGAAGCAACUCUAUGGAAAAGCGCGGCACAACGCUGCGUUUGAGCGCCGGUACUGAUCGUCCACCACGAUUUACAACAAAAUUCAAGUCGUUGAUCGAUGAUUAUACGAAGCUUUACAAAGAACAUCAAGAAAUCAUCAAGGAAAAUAGCAAACUGCAGAACGGAAUUGCGCGAUAUUUCAAAGAACAUUUGCAAGUCGCUCAGGACACAAAAAAAGCCAAGGUCGAAACCAAGGAGGAAAAGGAACGCAACGCUGGAGAAGCGGAAGAAGAACACCAAAGGCGAUACGAAAGUGGCUUUCGUGUGGUUAAGGAACUGACAAAAAAGAUUGCCGCGACGAAAGACGACGCUGCUGCUCGCAAUGAAAAAAUGAAGACUGCAGCGGCAGCAAAAGAAGUUGCAGUGCAGAGCAGCUGGAAAGCAUUUGAAGAUAAGCAACUGCAUUCAGCGAAGGCAGCGGUUACCCGCGAUGGGCAAGCAUUAGAUCCCAUUGUCAUUUCUGAACACCUCGAAAAAAUCCGCGGAAAAUUACAUGAUUGGCGAGAAGUAGGAAUGCGCGGUGCCCUGAUAUGGAAAAAGAAGCAGGAUUUGGAAGAUCAGCUACGACGACUGGGAAAUGCACCGCUUUUAGCUUGCAGUGCGGCACUAGAAGACAGAGGCGAAGCGGGAAAUCAAAGUACGAGUACGUAACUGUUCACCGCGCUUAA